AUGACUCUUUAUCGUCAGGGUGUAAAAUAUCUACGGAGGAAAGUUAGGCCAAAUAAGCAUGGGGGUGUGCAAAGUUGCAGCAAAAUCACACGUUCAAUUAAGGUGUGGCGGGAAAACAUCGAUAGGGAAGGUAAAGUCGAUAGAGAAGGUAAAGUGCACCAACCACGAUUCAAUGAAGUUCCUGGCCCAUUACCUUGUUUGUGA